GCGUAGCUUUCGCGGUUGCGCAGUUUUGCAUUUUCGUCUUUUGCAAUGGCUGCGCUGUGUGAUGGCUUCACGUUGUGCGGACUCGCAUCGGGACCAAGCAGUGCUGAAGCGAGAAUCCUGGGCAUUGAACAGGGCAGGGAAGCCGAUCAUGUUAUCGUUACCGAUGCCAGGAAAUCCAUAACUGUGUAUAAGGUCUCAGACCAAAAGCCGCUGGGAAGCUGGACGGUUAAACAGGGGCAAACAAUCACCAGCCCCGCAGUGUACAACACACAGACCGGAGAAUAUGUGGUGGUCACUGACAACAAGGUCAUAAGAGUUUGGAAAGAUGAGGACUGUUUUGACAAAGCCUUUAAAGCAACUGUGUCUGCUGAUGUUGCGAGGGUCCAUGCCCUCCCUGACAGCGAGCCGGUGGUGCUGUUUGCUAGGGGGGCCGUCCGGAUACUUGAUACCCUUCUGGCUGUUCCCCAGCAGUCCAUUGAGGAGCUGCUCCCAGAGGGGGAGAUCAUCCGGUGGAGCGAGAGCCUUGUCAAGGGGAAGCAGAAGGUUGUUAUUUUUACAACAGAACAGAAGGGGGAGCACUUUGUGUACCUGCACCGAUUCAACCCGAACUCUUUGCUGAAGUACAAGCUGGAGAUGGAAGACGCAGGCGGCCGCUUGCUGAGUGUGUCUGCUGCUGUCCAAAAUAAAAACAUACGCUUCCUGUACUUGUCUUCGAGAGGCUGUCUGUACCAAAGCGAGGUGCCGGUGUCUGGGGGUGCUGCGGAGGGGGUGCAGACCCUGCCCAGGACCCUGCUGCUGAAUCUGCCCGCUGGCGAUGGGCACCUGUCUGUGGCAGCUGUGCUCUCAUUGGACGAGGCCAGCGUGGCUGUGGUGGGAGUCCCGCACCCUUGUGAGGGCCCCCAGAAAGAGUUCCUGUGCAUUUGGAACACGCACUUUCAGACACUGCAGGCAUGCAGGGAGCUGCCGGGACAGUCUUACGGGCAGCUCUGGUGUUUUUCCGGGAAGCUGUACGUUCCUCAUGGGAGGCUCCUCACCGCCGUACCCUAUGACUGCCAGAGGACCUCUCUGGCAGCUGCGCUGGGGAGGCUGAAGCAGGGCCACGGGGAAGGCUCGUGUCCGCCCCCUCCUGUCCGGUCAUGGAACUCCCUGCUGCACGAAGCUGCAGCCCAGCCGCAGAGAAGCACGAGGAGGAGUAAACUUCGGAAGAGUCAAGCGGCUGCCAUCACAGUUGACCAAGUGCUAGAAGACAUUAAGACAGCUCCCGGCAAGGACGUCAAGAGGCAGGUGGAGAGUUUUCUCGGUGGGGCCGCCGGCCCGGACCUGCAGCUGGGCGUGGGCCAGGUGGCCUCUCAGCUGGUGGCCCGCUGUCUGUGUGACCCCUCCUUCUACACCCGCGACUCCCUGGCCCGGCUGGUGCACACGCGCUGCCUCUCUCACAGUGUGUGCCCUGGUCUUCUACCACUCGUCCUGGAGAAGAAGGACUACUCUCUCAUUCAGCUCUGUCUGCAGCACUUCCCAGACAUCCCAGAGGAGAUGACCUGUGCCUGCCUUAAGGCCUUUAUCGACGUCUCCGACGGCGACCUGGAGGCAGUGGACAUGGAACCAGAGAGCAUGUCCCUCAUGGAGAAUAUCAGUGCUGGCUGGAGGAAGGACGGCACCCUGGAGAAUGGCUUCAGUCCUGUGCUGCUGGAGGAUGACGUCUAUGAGGCUCAGAUCCCUCCAUCCAAGUCGGGAGGCGGAGCAGGAUUCCUCAACCUGGACGUCUCUUGCCCAGUUGGGUUAAAAAAGGCUGUAUUACUUAAUGAGAUCCUACAGACGGCCCACACGGAGAGCUCUCUGCUCCCGCAUCUGAAGGACCUCUCGGUGCAGCAGGUCUUGCUGUUUCUUCGGUAUCUGUGGUUCCUGUAUUUGAAGUUUUCCCAAGAUGUCAAUGUACGUAGGUCUGGCUUGAGAUCACCAACUACAGUUCAGAUCAUAGACUGGGUUUGCUUGGUGCUUGAUGCCCAUUUCACUGUUUUGGUGAUGGUUCCUGAAGCCAAAGAUGUGCUUUCACAUCUCAACAAGUUUGUAAAAUCCCAGGUGAGAUUAAUCUCUGAACUUGGGAAGAUCCAGGGAAGCCUUCUAGACCUUCGCAAACUGGAGCAGUCUGAGGACGUCGGCCUGUAUUCGAUUGAAAUCAUCGAGCUGUUUUAGAGAACAAAUUCAUUUUAUUAACUCUUGCUUUUGUUCCUCACUGUAAACACACAAAAAAAAAACUGCGUUUUAGAAUUCUGUUGCAUCUUCUACGAAACAGUCCAGGAGUUUGCCCAUGUUUUAAUGUGGAUUUAUAUAAGCGAAUUGUUUCCUGCAAAGUAUGUACAACACUGAAAUUGUGCAUGAAUGGACAUUCUCUUUAUUGCUAUAUAAGGUCGUCUUGCUAUAUAAGGUCGUCUUCCCUCAGCCUUGGAUGCUCCAUGUACUUACGCUUUUAACUUUUUUUUUAAUGCCAUUUUAUUCAGCUUUAUUUUUCCAAGCCUUUCCUUUUUCUCUUUUGUAUAUGUACAUACAAAAGUGUCAUUUCUGAAUUAGUUUUGGAGAGCUUCAGUUUUAAAAAGUGCAGUGUGUGGAGUAACAAAGGGUUUGUUUAUCUUUGUUGUCCAGGGCAACAUAAAGAAGAUUCUUAAGUUUGCUAAUCUUGUGUUCCCAAGUGUGGGACAGCUAACUUGUUCCAGCUUGUAUUACAAAUGAAAAUGGUCUCUAAGUAGUUGACAGUAUUUUAUUAAAAGCAUUUGUGCACCCUA